CGAGAGCUGCCCCUCGGCUGCGCCUGCGCCUGCGCCGCGCGGGCCGCACCGUGACUAAGAUGGAGGUGGAAGCAGCGCGAGCGCCGCCGCCGUUCUGGGCCGGGGGCCCUGCCCCGGGGCAAACCUACAUCCCCAGGGGGCCCGGCCCCGCCGGCGGCCUCCUGCCGCUCACCCGAACGCUGAGCCCGAUGGUGAGCGGCAGCUCGGUGCUGGGGGUGAGGUUCGCCGGGGGGGUGCUGAUCGCCGCGGACAUGUUGGGCUCCUACGGCUCCCUGGCUCGCUUCAGAGGCGUCUCCAGGCUGCUCCGCGUCAACGACACCACCAUGCUGGGCGCCUCGGGGGACAUCGCCGACUUCCAGUACCUGCAGCAGAUCAUCGACCAGAUGGUCAUCGACGAGGAGCUGCUGGGGGAUGGGCACAGCUACAGCCCCAGGGCCAUCCACGCCUGGCUCACCAGGGUGAUGUACAACAGGAGGUCCAAGGUCAACCCCCUCUGGAACACUGUGGUCAUCGCCGGCUGCUACGGCGGCGAGAGCUUCCUGGGCUAUGUGGACAUGCUGGGAGUAGCCUACGAGGCUCCGUCGCUGGCCACAGGCUACGGCGCCUACCUGGCACAGCCCUUGAUGAGGGAGGUGCUGGAGAAGAAGCCCAACCUGAGCAAGGAGGAGGCUCGGGGCCUGAUCGAGCGCUGCAUGAGGAUCCUCUACUACAGGGAUGCUCGUGCCUUCAACAGGUACGAGAUUGCUGUGGCCACGGAGAAAGGAGUGGAGCUGGAGGGACCUCUGACCUUGGAUGCCAACUGGGACAUUGCCCACCUGGUCAGUGGCUUUGAGUGACCCAGGCUGGGGCCGGCCCCUCCCGAGGCCCCUCCCGACCUCCUCUCGGGGACCACAUUAAAGCUGUUCCCUCACCUGUG